AUGGGCAAUAAGUGUUAUUGUUAAUAACCAGAACUCGAGCUCAUUCAUUAGGAAAUUAUUUCACAAAACUCUAUAGAUAGAAAAAUAUCUAUAGACAAUGAUGAUAUCUUCAGUGAUUUAAUCUAACAGCAUUGUUCUAUGUAUCAAUAUCAAGAUGGUAUUUUGCUUAUAUCCAAUAAACCAUUAUCUCCAAAAUCUUAACAUUAAAUAGUAUUUUUAGAACCCAAGAAUAUAUUAGAUGAUGGCAUUAAUUAUUAACCAAUUAUUUUAUAAGGAAUUCUGAGUUCUAGAAGUAAUCAACAAGAACUUCCAUAAGAAUCUCCAUAAACUGAAACAAAUGGAAAAGAGAGAAUCAAAAAAAAAGUAAACUUUUUAAACUGA